GGCGGUCCCGCGGCUGAGGAGAAGGAGGCCUGAGCGCGACAUGUCUUCGGCUGCCGCGGUGGAGCGGCCCGCGGCUCUGCGCUUCUGAGUGCGGGGCGGCCUGGCGGCUGGCCGAGGCCAAGGGUCGGCGGAGGCUGCCACCGCGGCGGUGGCCGCCAUGCUGAGGGCCGGCGCGGAGGACGGGGCCGCGGCGACGCUGCCGCGACUGCUGGCGCUGCUGCUGCUGCUGCUGCUGCUGACGGCGCGGGGGCCGGGGCUCGGCGUGGGGGGCUCGUCCGCCGCGGGCCUGCCCGACAGCGUCAUCUGGGCCGUCAACGCGGGUGGCGAGGCGCAUGUGGACGUGCACGGCAUCCACUUCCGCAAGGACCCGCUGGAAGGCCGGGUGGGCCGAGCCUCUGACUAUGGCAUGAAAUUGCCAAUCCUGCGGUCCAAUCCUGAGGACCAGAUCCUGUAUCAGACAGAGCGGUACAAUGAGGAGACCUUUGGCUAUGAAGUGCCCAUCAAGGAGGAGGGGGACUAUGUGCUGGUGUUGAAAUUUGCUGAGGUCUACUUUGCACAGUCCCAGCAGAAGGUAUUUGAUGUGCGACUGAAUGGCCAUGUCGUGGUGAAGGACUUGGAUAUCUUUGAUCGCGUUGGGCAUAGCACUGCCCAUGACGAAAUCAUCCCCAUGAGUAUCAGAAAGGGAAAACUGAGUGUCCAGGGGGAAGUGUCCACCUUCACAGGGAAACUCUACAUCGAGUUCGUCAAGGGGUACUAUGACAAUCCCAAAGUUUGUGCACUCUACAUCAUGGCUGGGACAGUGGAUGAUGUACCAAAGCUGCAGCCUCAUCCAGGCUUGGAGAAGAAGGAAGAGGAAGAGGAAGAAGAAGAAUAUGAUGAAGGAUCAAAUCUGAAAAGACAGACCAAUAAGAACCGGGUGCAGUCAGGCCCCCGAACGCCCAACCCCUAUGCCUCGGACAACAGCAGCCUCAUGUUUCCCAUCCUGGUGGCCUUUGGAGUCUUCAUCCCAACCCUCUUCUGCCUCUGCCGGUUGUGAGAGCAAAGUACCAUCUUGGACAGGGUGGAGGGUUGUAGGAAAGAAACCAAAUAUGUUGGUUUUGGUUUCUGUAUUUUUCACAGUGAUUAACAAGAAAACAAAAAAAAGACAAACAAACAAAAAAAAACACACACAAAUACAAAUUAAAGGAGCUAAAAAGAGGCAGAGUGAGUAGAGAGCAGCCCUCAUCCACCACCUGGUCCCAGACCUGCUUCAGUCCCAGUCUCUGACUGGCUCCCAGCUGUCUGUCUCUUUCCUCUCUGCGGUCUUAGGGUAACUGAAUCCCACCUGUGCAAGGACCUUUGUGUGUGUGCCUCGUGUAAAAGACUGAAAACAGAGCAGGCACAGUUCCCCUUUUUAGGCCAGGAAUACACAGGGAAAUGUCAUCUUACUACCUGAGAAGACCAGCUCUGGGAAUUGGGUCUAUUCUGAAGUUAUAGCCAGAUACAUUUUCAGAUGUCUUGGGAUUAAGUGUGUUUGUGUGUGUAUGUAUGAACAUGUCUAAUGUGUAUGAUAAACAAAAAUGGAAAGGGGGUUUAAAAAAAGAUUAAAUAGACGCUUCCCUAGGUGGAAGCGUUUCUGAUUUUAGCCCAGUGAUGGUUCCACCUUUAGUGUUUGAGCUUUGUCAUUGCUUGUCUCCCCGUGCCAGUCAUAGGACUGUCUAGUAUCCAAGAUAAUUACUUUACGUCAGGCCCUCACCUUGCCUCUGACUUGUUACCACAACAAAUUAUUUUUACUUUAGUGCCUGCUUUGGACCUAAUUUCCUCUCUCUCUCUUUCUCUCUCUUUUCCCUAAAUUGAGCUUACAUGGAAUCUUUCUCUCUCAACCAUCCUACUAAGUUAUAGCCAAGAAGGGUAGGAGACUGAGGAUUUUGGGUCCCCUCUGCUUCAAUGUCUCCUCUCCCCCUUCGCCUUGGUGGUACUCCCUCCCUGGAUCUCUGAGCCAGCCUCCGGGAGGCCCUGACCCAGCAGUUCUUUUACUGGCCUCUUUGUAGGACCUUGCUGCCAGGGGAUAGGGAUGUUUUCCAGUCUGCGACAAAACACUUGACCUUAAAAGUCUCUUCUGGUCUUUGGAUUGGAAAAGGCUUAUGUUAGCAUAACUUAAGAGCAAUCUCAGAGACUUGAGCCCUACUAAGCGACUGAGCACUGUUUAGAGUGUCUAGUGUCUGGUGUCCGGCUAUUCCCAUGUCCUGUGUCACAGUUUAGCCAAUAUUGGUUUCUGUUUAGAUUGCCCCCAGGAGCUAGGUUGACUGACUAUAUCUGGCCAGGUGAUGCUUCUCACUGGCAUUAACAGUACACCUGUCUGUCCUCUCAAUCUCCUACCAGGUAGCAGCCAGGUACUUGGUUCCCCAGUUAGCAGUCACCCUGGCAGUUCUGAAACCAGCCCUAGCAAGACAUGUCUGUCUGCAAGGGAUAAAACUCCCUUGUUACUUCUUUCUGGACACUGUCAUUCACUUUCCAGCUAGGGCAGCAGUAAGGAAAGAUUCCAACUUCAAAGAAUGCUGUGGACGGAAAGCAGAGAACUCGCUUCUGCCUGGGCUGGAGCAGCACAGAAUCUCAGGCUUGGCCCAGAGCAGAAUAUGUCCACAGGUGCACUGGUCUUUUUAGAUGUGUUUCUGAGGAGCUCCAUCUCUGAGCUGUUCUGCAUGUAACAAAGUAAGUAGCGCUGGGGCUCAUGGCCUGGGUUCCAGCUCUUUCCACGUUACUCCAGGACAGCAUGUAGUCCGCUGAGAGCUCAGCCCUUUAUUAUUUUAAAUAGCCUCGGAGGCUGUGGCCUGAGGCUGCAAUCAGAGAAACUCUUCCCAGAGUGUCGGACACCCUAUCUGUUAAGCGGGCUACGUCAGUGGCUUUGGUUCCAGGUCCACCAUGACUCCCCAAAGCCAGUGGAGAGGAGAUCAGAUGAGGAAAUAGAACUUGUUUCCUCUGUUUUGCCUUGUUUGUUGCUUUGUUUGGGUCUCUUCGAAGUAGGAGGGGCUGUUGCCUCCUCCCCUCACUCCAUCCCUUUGGUGACUCAGAGUCUCAGGAGGAAACCCUGGCUCCUGGGGCUAUUUCCGAAUGGUACUGUAAGCCAAGCAGCUGUGUUUCAGCCUGUUUCCAGCCCACCCCUUCCCCCUGAACUCCGGGAUGGGCACUUUCCUCAUUGCUGGGUCUGAGAGGAAGGAGCCUUGUGGCUGAGGAAAACUAAGAGGGUAGUGAAGAAAGUAUGGUGGAGACUGGGGCGGAGUCCCCUGUAGCCAAGCCACCCAGCUACGAGCUGCCCAGCGCUGGUCACAGCUGGCUUGUGAUGCUAAACUUGAAAGUUUGCUUUUUUGUUUUUGUUUUUUUACUCCUCCAAGAUAAUAUAGGUACAUAAAGUUUUGGGUGAAUGGGUGGAAUGGGGCAUUUUUUUUUUUUUUUGGUGUUUGUGUGUGUGUGUGUGUGUAUGUGUGUGGUUAAAUACCUUGUUCAUCUUUUGCUUUUUGCACUGUCGUUUCCCACAUCUGUAUUCUGAGCUAGUGCUAGGAUCAAGGCUGCAUUGCAGGGAACCCCACUGGAGUUGGGAGGAGGCUGAAGGGGUGCAGCUUGGGCUCUUCUGCUGGGUCCACAUUCUGCCCUAGGGUUUGAGAGCCUCUCAAGCCCAGCUGACCCAAGCCAAGAAAGAGCAUGUGGCCAGGGCAGUAACUCCGUUUGCCAGAAGUGUGGCUUGGGUUCAGGUUCUAGGUAGACCAUGCAAAGGUGUGGGCUGAGUCUUCAUUAUAGCUCGGUUAGUGGCCCAAAUCAAACUUGUGGGCUUCACUCAUGCUGAUUGAAACAACAGAUGAAGAGACAAUGUGUGGGACCUAGGGCCCCUAAACCAGACCCCACCCCACCCCUACUGCCAUGCCCCUGUGCACCUCCCCCCCUCCCCCCCAAGUCUCCGUGAUCGAGUAGAAGCUUCUCAGUUGAGUUCUGAUGACUUGAGUGCUAGGUGUCCUCCAGCAUCAGUGGUGUAAGACUCCCCAGAGGGUGGCAGCAUCUGCAGGGUCAUCUCUUGGUUCUAGUGCGUGAUCUUGCUCCCCUGUGUCCACUGUGUGCUUAAAAGAUACUGGCCUGAAAUGGGGCGUCACGUUGGAGGUCACUUAAACUUUGAAGAGAUGGGGUGAAAUCUGAGUUAAGUUUACUUCCCUCUCUGUGCCUGGAACUGUUCAAUCCAGUUUAAGAAUUAUGGUUUGACUUCUUUAUCUUUUUUGGAGAAGCUUCUGUUUUAAGGAAUUUCUCUUCUUAUCCUGCCUCUACCCUCUCCUGGCAAGGCCUGGCCAUGGCUUCUGGAAUCUCGAGUUAAACUUCAGAAAACAGCAGCAGUAUUUUCCCUUUCCUAGCAUUUAUAUUCCUUUCCCUAGAAAUCAGCUCACCUUGGGAAACCCGGGGAAAGAAUCAGCAGGUUCUCUACCCUCUCUGGGGGUGGGGAAGAACCCACCCCGGUCAGCACAGUGCCUUUUCCUCUCCUGCUCUGAGCCAGGGUGGGCAUUCCCUCUAGAUUCAGGUCUGGGCAGGGGUCUUUCAGUCUCUGCCACGGGGCUGCUUCUCCAUCCCUUCCUCUCCGUCCAUCCCUUCAUCUCCCUCCCCUUGGCUGGCCGGCUCUGAACUCAUUCAAGUGUUGUCUUCCUGGAGCGGCCCUAGUGGCAUUAAGUGGCAGGCAGCGUGUAACAGUGUCCUCCGGGCCUCUAAAAGGGCUCUGGGGAGCAAGUGAGCUUUCCAGAGCGGGAAAUGUGUAGGUGCUCCUCUGAGGAAAGGUGGGAGGUGGAGGAGGGUGCCCUAUGGACCCUUCUCCUGUGGCACCUGAGGGAGGAGACAUCAGUGACUACAUUGAAAUAGAACCGGGAACACCCGGGGCCGAUUUAGAAAUGGCUGAGGAAACCUGCCCCUCUUGUAUGGAAAGAUAUAAUUAGGAUCAAAGAGCUCUCAGAAAAUUACAAAGCCUUAAUGUCCAAGCUUCUGAGAGAUCAGAGUAGCUUUUCCCUUUCGGCCCCAGUUCUAGGACUCUUUUGUAUCGAGACCUCUCCUGGGACAAGAGGGCUAGGUGGCCUCAUUUAAACAAGACUAGAUUGGCACCAUUGGGGCAGCCACCCAGCAAAGGUGGGUUUCUUUGGACAUAGGUGGCUUGUUCUCCCCAGCUGCCUCUUGGCUAGCCUGACUUAGGUUGCUAGACCAUUUGAUAAGAGCAGAGGAUUCGGGGCUUGGCUGGGUCAACAUAAAAGAGCAGGAUAGACCUUCAGGGAUGGUCCCCCAUCCCCACCCUCACCCCACCCCCCAGUAUAAAAACAAGGAGCCAGGCUUGUGCUGGCAGACAGGACGCAGUAGUGCCUGCGAGAGUUGGCAGAGCGGGCCUUGGCACCUCUCACAUCCAGGCAGUCUUGUGAGAGGGGGGCUCCAGGCACCAGGAAAAGCAGAACUCCAUUCUCACCUCUAUUUUGAGCUCCAGUGCUAUAUUCCAGCACAAAGAGAAACAACAACAAACCAAAGUGUGCUUUCUGUCCUCUCAAAGGACAACUGUGAGGAAAGGAGAACCGAGUUGCCAGGCAGGAGGAGAGAGAGGACUGGCAGGGAGAGACGCUGUGGCAAAACCAGCAGUGAGGCAUUCCUGACUCCUCUUCCCUGACAUGUCCAUGACCCAGGGAAUGAAAAGAAAUUUGACCCUGGAAUGGUUCCGUCCUUCUUUUUCCUUCCACCAAAUCUCCCAGGCUGGACCAACUGCCCGUCCUGAGCUCAGGGCAGUCUCUUCAGCUACUUCUGGUCUAUUGGGAAACAAGUCCUGCUCUCCAGACUGGACCUUACUAUGCUGUCGAGCUCUUAGUAGCCCUUGUAGCAUUCACGCUAGAUUCCCGUCCUUUCCCUGCACAGGCCAAACCAACUCUGUCUGUAGCCACCACACUCACUCACAGUGACAGACACGUUGAGAUGUGAUUGAGGAGCUUUGAACCUGGCUGGCCCGGGGAAGCAGUAGGGUGGGUAGAGCUCUCUUUCCUUCUGGCUGUUUCUAGCUAUCCCAACCCCUUCCAUGCCCCACCCUUCUCCCACCAAAAAAGUUUUAAAAAAAUCAGGAUGUUUUUCACUGUCCAUUGCUUUGUGUUUUAAUAAACAAUUUGCAGUGACA